UGCGCAGACGAGAACGGUGUAACAUCCGGUUAUAAACACGUGUUUAUGAUUUUGAUUCUUCCACGUUAUGUCGAAAGAGAAAAUUAAUUUCAGUAAAUCUUUGGAAUAUGGUCCGUUCUACAGUGCUGGGAAGAUUUCUGUGACACAAGACCAUUUGAUAUGUAUCUACAAAACCCAAGUGAAUGUUGUGUCGAAAGACACUGGAAAACUUACUCGAAUCAUACAACUGUCUGACGGUCUCAGUGUGACAUGCAAUCAGGUGACACCCAAUGGCCAGAAACUGGCUGUUGCUGAUACACUCCUGCAGAUCUCAUUGAUUGAUUUAUCAUCUGAAGAAACUCAUAACUACUCCUGGAGGUCGCUCCAUUCAAAUCAUGUCCAAAGUAUGAAGUUCAACGAGGGAGGGAACCUGCUUGCCACUGGAGGGAUCGACUCUGUUGUUAAAGUAUGGGACAUUGAACAUCGAUAUUGCACCCACAACUUCAAAAGAAACUCUGGUAUUAUACGGUGCCUUUUGUUUGUGCCUUGUGGAGAAGAAGUGAAUCUUUUAUCUGGCUCAGACAAUGGAGAGAUCUGUUUGUACAACUUACGUAGAAAGUCAGUCAUCAAGACAUGCAGCCAUCACUCAGCUGCAGUUACUGAUAUGAUUCUGACUGAAGACAGCCAGACGAUGCUCAGUUCUGGACGUGACAGUAUAGUCACAAUGUGGGACACGAAAACCUUUACCAUCCAGAAGACCAUUCCAGUCUUUGAGUCCAUAGAAUCCUUGGUUUUAGUUGCCAGGCAUUUCAAGAAAAAAAAGGGUCCUUGUUUUAUAACUGCAGGGUCCAAAGGUGUAUUGAACGUGUGGGAUGCUAACAAAGGUACGACCAUCGUUAAACAGGCUGAGAGCAAACACAAGUCUGGCAUCAUGCAGGCAACUUCCACUGGGAUGACUCUUGACCGUGAUGAAGAUAAGGAUGAGGCUGGUGAUGAUGAUGAUGGUGGUGGUGGAGGUAGCUGUGGUGAAAGUGUUGUGGUGGUGGACAAUGAUUGCAUCAUUUCCUUAUACAACCCGACAGAUUUGAGUUGUAGAAAACAGUUUUGUGGUUUCUUCGAUGAUGUUCUUGAGGUGAGAUUCUUUGGUUUCAAGGAGGAAUUUAUGGCUGUCGCUAGUAAUUCAGAGAACAUUGCUGUUUAUAAAAUCAGUGAUUGGACUUGUCAGGUUUUGCGAGGUCACACAGAUAUUGUCGUUGGUCUUGACAUAUGUCCAACAAAACCUCAACUGCUGGCCAGUUGUUCCAAGGACAAAACCAUACGUUUAUGGCUUCUGACUAAAGACAAGUCAGUUUGCUGUGUUGCCAUUGGUUACGGCCAUUCCAUGUCCGUUGAUGCUGUGACUUUUUUCCGGACCUCAUCUUCGAAGCUUCUUAGUGUAUCAACAGACUGCACAGUGAAAAUGUGGAAAAUUCCUGCAGAGUUCUCCAAGAAGGAAUCAGCAGUAAUGAAGGCUAAUCAGAUGGGAAGUGGUCAUUCCAAAACUAUUUCCUGUGUUGCUGUGUCGCCAAAUGAUAAUCUCUUUGUAACUGGGUCUGAAGACCACACGGCUAAACUCUGGGACGUGUCAUCAUUUGAAGUCCUUGGUACUUUCAAGGGACACAAAUCGCGCUUAACGUCAGUGGCAUUCUCUCCUGUAGACAAGUGUGUUUCCACCGCUUCCCACGAUAGAACGGUCAGAGUUUGGAAGAUUUCAGACUUCUCCACAGCAAUGGUACUUAACCAUGAGAUGCCUGUUAUGAAGGUUCUGUUUUUGAACAACGGACGCCACGUUAUCACCGGGUGAGUCUAAAUACAUCUACUAUUCUUUCCUUUCUUCGUCUCCUGUUCAUAGAACUCUG